AUGUGCGGUUUCUUUUUUUUCUUCUUCUUCUUCUGCAGCAUCAGUCUAGCAUCAUUGGACGGUCCUGAGAAGAAGGGCCUUCCGGUGGGCGUCCAGCUGCCGGGCGGCGUUCAGACGGGGGUCCUGCAGCAGAACCAGCAGCUCCUGCUGUCUCCGGCGGGCCUCCAGCUCGCUCAGCUCCAGGCCCAGCUCACCCUCCAUCGCCUCAAGCUGGCUCAGGGAGGCAACGCGGCCACAGCUGCCAGCGUUCUCAACCAGUUCCUCUCCAAUGUCAACAUGUCCCAGCCUCUCUUCAAUCAGCUACGGAGCUCCUCUCUGGUCGGGAACCCGCAGGGGGCUUUCCCCUCCGGGGUGAUAGGGUUUCCGUCUUCCAAUUCAGCGUUGGGGGCCUUGGUGGGCGGGGGGUUCAACCAAAGCCUGGGGAAUGUAAGACUGAACCCUCCCUGUGGAGUGGGCACAAAGGGUCAACAAGGUGGAGACUUUGGCAAAACGUCCGGGGCGAAUUACCCCUCUGACACCGACAGACGUCGUCAGUACAACUUAUCCGGCGGGACUUCUGCGGCGCCGGUCAGCGCCGGUGACGGACAGUACGCGUCCGUCAACGCUCACGCAAAAAACAUGACCGGCGCCGGUUUUCAGAGAGAUUUAUACGGCCAAGAUAUGUCGGGUCAGCAAGCUGGGUUUUGCUCCGGCGAGCAGAAAAUUAAUGUCUAUAACUCCACACCCCACCGGGAGCAAUGGAAAGGCCACUCUGCUUUGAUCCACGCAGGAAAAGUGGACAUGGCUUCUAAUAACCCCACCGUGUGGUCGGCAGCUGGACAGCCCAUCAGGUCCAGAGGUGAAAUGUACAACCCGGAGGAGCCUACAUCCGAUCCCAAAUUAAACUGCAGCGGUGGGGUUUCCUCUCUCGGUUCAAGCAGCAUGCAGGGCUUUGGGGGCUACCAGGCCCUGCGCGGAAGUGAGGAAACCACAUCUUCGGUUACCAGGACCCUUCAGCCCUAUCAGGUCAACGAUUACUUUGCCGCCACACCCACUCAGCUGCCACACCAGUGCAGCAUCUGUGACAAAAAGGUCUAUAAUCUCAAGGACUGGGACCAGCAUGUGAAGGGAAAACUGCACCUUCAGAAUCGAACUUUGUACGCAAACGAUAGCUCAGGGCUGGUAUCAGCUGGAGCGGUUCACUACGCUGUGGGCAGGCCUUCUGAUGGCGGUCUGAACCCCGGAGGGGCUACCCCGAUAGUCUGCUCCGCCACGGGCCAAGAUGUAUCAUCAGGAAGUAAUGCUUCAUACAUGCCAGCCACAGCAAUGAAGACUUUUCCCAUGACAGACUCAGGAUUCCCCACACAUCAGCCAGAAUCAAAGCAAUUUCCACCUAGAAAGGCAUCUGUGGGCCGAGUCGUUCACAUCUGCAACCUGCCUGAGGGCACCUGCACAGAGAAUGAUGUCAUCAACCUGGGAAUACCUUUUGGCAAAGUCACAAACUACAUCCUAAUGCGGUCAACACAUCAGGCUUUUAUAGAGAUGGCGUAUGUCGAGGCAGCUCAGGCCAUGGUUCAGUAUUACCAACUGACCCCAGCUAUGAUAAACAACCAGAAACUUCUCAUACGAAUGUCAAAGAGGUACAAGGAGCUGCAGCUGAAGAAACCAGGCAAAGAUGUUCAAUCAAUCAUCCAGGAUCUUACAUGUCAGCGAGAAAGGGAAGAUAUGCAAGAAGUGGAACACUACAUGCCGGAGAGGGCGCGCUCCCGCAGCCCCAUCAGUCGCUCUCUGAGUCCCCAUUCCCACAGCCCAAGCUUCACCUCGUGCAGCUCUGCCCACAGCCCCCCGGGAGGCCCGGGCAGGGCUCCGGAGAGGGGCAGCAAUGGCCUCGGCCCCCAGCGGGGCUCCUGGGACUGGCCGUCGCACGCGAGGCGGGGCGAGGAGGAAAGGGAGCGGGACGGUCCUUGGAGGAACGGAGGCAGCGUGGACGAUGACCGGCCCAACGGACGGGCGGCUGACCGCCGGAAGAACUACCAGAAACACCUGGAUCAUGAGCGGGGAGCGGGAGACUCGAAGAGGGGCAGCAGAGACUGGCACCCGCGCGGCAGCCCCAAAGGCUCCUCCUUCCACUCUUACAGGAACACGGACGAUAAUUUCUUCUCACAGCACGUGUACAAGUCCGACAAGCUGCUCAGGCCCUCGUACCAGCGCCACGACACAAAGUCGAAGAGGAGGGACGGCAGCGACUACCACGCUCGCUCGAGGCACUCCGAGUUCGAGAUGAACGAGGAACAGUCGGGCAGAACAUCGGAGGACAAGAGACAGGGUUCACCUGGCAGGAGCAGAAGCAGGAGGACAAGCCGAAGGCACGCCACUCCAGAGAGACACGAGAGAGAAAGUGCUUCUGAAAACACCAACUCCCAGUCAAAAGAUAAAUCUGUUUCACCUCAACGAAGUAGCAAGCUGAAAGAAGCUGCAGGAUGUAAUAAAGACCGAAAUGCUGAAAAAGAGUCAGAGAGUGGAAACGACACAGACGAAGAGUGCUGGUAUCCUAAAAACAUGGAGGAACUGGUCACUGUUGAUGAAGUGGGAGGAGAAGAUGAUUCGAUUAUUGAGCCAGACCUCCCUGAGCUAGAAGAGUUUCCAUCCUGCCAAAAAGAGUCUGAAGUAGAAAAGACUAUAGAGGAGCACUUAUCACCACCCACAUCAUGCCUUGAGCAGGAGGAGACGUCUAGUGAGAAAACUGAGCAGAAUCCUGGCUUGGACACAGAUGUGCAGGUGGUAACAUCUGUACCAGAGAAAGCAGAGGAUGUAGCAACAGCACCCAGUCCUGAAGACCACAAAACCAACCCAGCAAUGCCUGAGCUACUGGUCACCAACCUAAUGGACUUCCCCACAGAGGAGUUUAAGGCUGCUCUGGAGGAGACAUUCUUAGAGGACAGUAAAGUGUCUGACAGUGAGCCACCAGAAGAGCCAAUGGAAAAUCCGAUUUGUGUAACAGAGGACAGUAAAACCAAAGAAGAAGAACAGGGCAAUGAAAGUACAACAGAAGUGCAACAGAAGGAUGGCUACCUAAAAAAUGAGAUCGAGGCUCCUUCACCAACUCCAGAGCAAGAAAAAGUUGUCAGUGAACACAGCAUCCCUUUGGGAGUGGAGUUUAUUGUACCAAGGACAGGCUAUUACUGUAAACUCUGUGGACUUUUCUACACCUGUGAGGACACCGCCAAGACCGCCCACUGCCGUAGCACUGUCCACUACAGGAACCUGCAGAAAUAUCUGUCCCAGUUGGCGGAGGAAAGCCUGUUGGGUGCACUUGCUGACCCCUCCGCUGCACACUGACAGUGGAUUAACCAUUCGCCUCCAGCAACAGCAAGGAAAGAUUUGCAUUUGUGCAAAGCCAUGAACAACUACAACAUGAACGACAUGGCUCACAGAAGCUUAAAUCUACAUGUAGACUUUGUUAGUUCUGUACAUCACUGAAGUGAAGUGUAUAGUGGGGUUGAAAUAUUUAUCUGCAUCAUUUCAUUGAAUUUAUUUUAUUUUCAAGUACAGUUUCAUUGCUGGUGUGUGUGUGUUUAUUUGUUUUUUUUUUCAAGUGCUUUUACAUUUAUGUUGAUUUCCUGUGCGGGUAACUUUCAAAGUAGAGUUUAUAUUGUUGUGUUUCAUUUAAUAUAAUGUGUAUACCUUGUCCAAACAACUCUGAAACACUUACAGCUGCAAAAUGAUCUGAAUGUGUUGCGUGAAUAGUCACAAUAAAAGACAUGCAGGCCAGAAAGCCAAAUGAAAAGAGGCCAAUUUUAGAGCCUGUUAAUGUUAAAUCAUGUCUGUUCGCAAAACUGUGCUAAUGUUGCCAACUUGUUGACUUUUUUUUGUUGGCAUUUACCUGCUUAUGUUUUAAUGCAGCCAAAAUUCUCAGGAGCACAAUAGUAUUUUUUACUCGGUUGGAAAAAACUGAGGCAGAUUCUCAGGUUUGUUGUUGAAAACAUUUCACUGUGUUAAUUGAAACAUAUUUAUAUCUAUGGAUGUCAGGCUCCAACUUCUUUUUGUCAUGCCAUCUGUGAGAAGGCUUCACAAUAUGUCAUAUGAAACCAUAAAUUAUUGUUAAAUAAUGAAGAAACUAUGCAAAAUGUGUUUUUCCAUACUUUUUUGUUCAAAUUAAUUCAGAAGAUAUUAAGAGCCAUAUGUGACACCAUAUGUCUUUCAAGACCUUAAACUGGACCACAUGUUUAUCAUUUAAACAUGAUGUUUCUUGUUACAGUGACCUGUUAACAGAAACCAGACUGUUUUGAUAUACUGUGAAUAUUUAUCUUAGAAAAUCAGUGUUGUCAUGAUUAAAGUUUUCAUAUGAAUUUCUGAUGUAAAAAAGCUUAAAUAAACAUUACAUUUGUCUCAAUGACACCUCUUGUCUGAACUGAAAUUCACCCCCAACUGUUA